AUGGAGCUGGGCUGGUGGCCGCAGCUGGGGCUUACUUUCCUGCAGCUCCUUCUCAUCUCGUCCUUGCCAAGAGAGUACACAGUCAUUAAUGAAGCCUGCCCUGGAGCUGAGUGGAAUAUCAUGUGUCGGGAGUGCUGUGAAUACGAUCAGAUUAAAUGUGAGUGCCCUGGAAAGAAGGAAGUGGUGGGUUAUACCAUCCCGUGCUGCAGGAAUGAGGAGAAUGAAUGUGACUCCUGCCUGAUUCACCCAGGUUGCACCAUCUUUGAAAACUGCAAGACGUGCCGAAACGGCUCCUGGGGGGGUACCCUGGACGACUUCUACGUGAAGGGCAUCUACUGUGCAGAGUGCCGUGCGGGCUGGUACGGAGGAGACUGUAUGCGAUGUGGCCAGGUUCUACGUGUUCCAAAGGGUCAGAUUUUGUUGGAGAGCUACCCCCUGAAUGCUCACUGUGAAUGGACCAUCCAUGCCAAACCUGGAUUUAUCAUCCAACUCAGGAUUGUUAUGUUGAGCCUGGAGUUUGAUUACAUGUGCCAGUAUGACUACGUUGAGGUCCGCGACGGGGACAGCAGCGACAGCCAAAUCAUCAAGCGUUUCUGUGGCAACGAGCGGCCAGCUCCCAUCCGAAGCACGGGCUCCUCACUCCACAUCCUCUUCCACUCAGAUGGCUCCAAGAACUUUGACGGCUUCCAUGCCAUCUUUGAGGAGAUCACAGCGUGUUCCUCGUCCCCGUGUUUCCACGACGGCACUUGCCUCCUCGACAGCACCGGAUCGUACAAGUGUGCCUGCCUGGCGGGCUACACCGGGAAGCACUGUGAAAACCUCCUCGAAGAAAGAAACUGCUCAGACCCUGGGGGCCCAGUCAAUGGGUACAAGAAAAUUACAGGAGGCCCUGGGCUUAUCCAUGGGCUCUAUGCAAAAAUCGGCACCGUCCUGACCUUCUUUUGUAACAGCUCCUAUGUUCUCAGUGGUAAUGAGAUGAGAACUUGCCAGCAGAAUGGAGAGUGGUCAGGGAAACAGCCAAUCUGUAUAAAAGCCUGCCGAGAACCAAAGAUCUCAGACCUGGUGAGGCGGAAAGUUCUUCCAAUGCAGGUUCAGUCAAGGGAGACGCCGUUACACCAGCUAUACUCAUCAGCCUUCAGCAAGCAGAAACUGCAGGACGCCCCUACGAAGAAGCCAGUCCUUCCCUUCGGAGACCUGCCGCCUGGUUACCAACAUCUCCACACCCAGCUCCAGUACGAGUGCAUCUCACCCUUCUACCGCCGCCUGGGCAGCAGCCGGAGGACGUGUCUAAGGACUGGGAAGUGGAGUGGGCGUGCCCCGUCCUGCAUCCCUAUCUGUGGGAAAACCGAGAACAUCUCUGCUCCGAAGACCCAGGGCACGCGCUGGCCGUGGCAGGCUGCCAUCUACAGGAGGGCCGGCGGGGUGCACGGGAGCAGUCUGCACAAGGAUGCCUGGUUUCUGGUCUGCAGCGGCGCCCUGGUCAACGAGCGCACCGUGGUGGUGGCUGCCCACUGCGUCACCGAUCUGGGGAGGGUCACCGUGAUCAAGACAGCAGACCUCAAAGUCAUCCUGGGGAAAUUCUACAGGGAUGACGACCGGGAUGAGAAGAGCAUCCAGAGCUUGCGGAUUUCUGCAAUCAUCCUCCAUCCGAACUAUGACCCCAUCCUGCUGGAUACGGACAUUGCCAUCCUGAAGCUCCUGGACAAGGCUCGCAUCAGCACCCGCGUCCAGCCCAUCUGCCUGGCGGCCCCUCGGGAUCUCAGCACCUCCUUCCAGGAGUCCCGCAUCACUGUGGCCGGCUGGAACGUCCUGGCGGACACCAGGAGCCCCGGCUACAAGGACGAUGCGCUGCGCUCGGGGGUGGUGAGGGUGGCGGACCCGCUGCUUUGUGAGGAGCAGCACGAGCAGCAGGGCAUCCCGGUGAGCGUCACGGACAACAUGUUCUGUGCCGGCCGCGACCCCACGGCCCCUUCCGACAUCUGCACGGCUGAGACGGGCGGCAUCGCGGCCAUGUCCUUCCCGGGCCGGGCGUCCCCGGAGCCCCGCUGGCACCUGGUGGGGCUGGUCAGCUGGAGCUAUGACAAGACGUGCAGCCACAGCCUCUCCACGGCCUUCACCAAAGUGCUGCCUUUUAAAGACUGGAUCGAGAGAAACAUGAAGUGA